AUGUCGAUCUCAACGAUUAGGCGACAGGUGAAGAAUGUUGCUUACAAUUUUUCUGAUGCCCAAGUAAAAGUGAGGGAAGCCACAUGUAAUGAUCCGUGGGGGCCAUCAACAGCCCUUAUGUCGGAAAUUUCGGAUCUCACAAAUAAUCCAAUGGCAUUUACCGAAGUAAUGUCUAUUAUUUGGAAGAGGCUGAACGAUUCUGGGAAAAACUGGCGACAUGUUUAUAAAAGCCUAGUACUACUAGACUUUUUGAUAAAGUGUGGAAACGAUAAGGUAGGCUGUCAUUUAUAA